AUGAUCGAGAGCCAUGCCGCAUCCAUGAGAAGCGACGAUCCUGGUCUGGAUUUAUUGCGAAAAGGCAUAGUGAGCCUGUCUACCACCUUCUUCGGUAGCCAGCAUCGACAGGGCAAUAUCACGACCAAAGGCUAUCAACAGUACGGUCAGGUGCUGCGGCAGCUCAAUUCACAUCUUGCUCGUACAGAGCUCCAGACGACGAACGAAACAUUACUUACGUCACUGUCUUGCAUGCUUCUCGAGAUCUUUUUACCUACUGGACCAACGAACUUUCUGAAACACCUGCGAGGUCUCGACGCCAUUGCGAUGCUACGAGGCCCGCCCAAGGAGUCUGAAGGUAUCAACGCUAUCAUAUUUCGGGGCCUUCGCAUUCUUUCCAUCGUUGGGGCACUUGCGGAAUCCAGGCCCUCCAUAUACGCGACCGAGGAAUGGAAGCGAAUUCCGUCUGCACAUUCCAACGAGUCAGGACUCUUUCAACACCACGUUUUCUCCAUCUUGGCUGACUGUACCCGCCUCAUCAGCCAGCGGAAUGCUCUACUGCACUCAAAAGCAUGUCCAGAGAGCUUUGAAUCCUUGCUUAUCGAAGUGGAGGAUGUGCUUAAUGAGUUGGAAGCGCUACGUCCGUUCUGGGACGUCUUGAACCGGAAUCAACUAGCUGGAACGACUGAGCGAUCUGACAUGGCGAAGACACUGGGAGUGGCCAACCACGUUUCUGCAACAGCAUUGAUGCUUUACAACACCGCAUACAUAUGCAUCAUUCAGAUCAAAGAUUCAUUGUCUCCAUCGCCUGUCAACACCGCACUGCGAAACGCCGCCGCGAUGAAAAUCGCCAAAUGCCUGGAGUUGAAAGAGUACGAGCAGCGGGAAGGUGCACCGCAAUCCAAUACCAUAGCCUUUGUAGCUAUCAAGGUAGCCUGGCAAGCUUUGGGUGGGUUCAACUCACCGGAAGGACAGCGCUUAGCACAUACUGUCAAGUCUGCCACCAAUUCCGUCUUCGCACGAGGAUCUACGCUUUCUGAUGCGUCGCACUUUGCCCAUUAUGUUGAAGAGUCGCUAUUCACCAAAUUCCUUGGUAGGAUACCUCUUAUAGCACCGGAUGGCACGGCGUGUGUUGGCAACGAAUUCGGCUUGUGGCCUGAUGGGCCUCCAGGGGUCAUCGAGUUCAGCAUGCAACAGCUAAGCACGCCCUCCGAGUUCUUUUCAGAGACCACACUCGCGCCGCUCUAG